AUGUCUUCCAAAAAAACACAGGAGAGCAAAGCCUCAACAAAAGCUGACAAAAAAGGUCAAAAGCAAGAAAAAAGAUUAUCGGCUUUUUUUGUUCCACAAGACUCUCAAGAUGGGGUGGAGCAAUCCUCUAUGGAAUCUCUUCAAACAGGGCUUGGUGCUUCACCCAUCAAACUUCUUGAUAAAGAAGUAGUUACUCCUUCUUUUCUAAAGAAAUGCCUGGAUGAUCUUUCUAAAGAAAUUAAAAAGGACUUAAGUGAUACGUUUUCUGAUAUAAAGACUGAUUUAGUGGAAUUAAAGGAACGUUUGUAUAAAUUAGAAGAAAAAGAAGAAGAUACUGCGUUCCAGCUCCAGGCAGUAAAGGACACUCAAAUUAAGAUGGAAUUGAAAUUGAAAGAAUUGGAAGACAAAACCUGUGAGCUGGAAGAUAGAACUAGAAGGCUGAAUUUAAGGUUUAGAAAUAUACCGGAGGACAUAUUAGAUGCUCAACUAUAUGAUUUUUUGUUGAAAUAUUUUAACUACCUGGGGGUCUCCACAGCACAACAAGAAAUCAAAUUGCCCAGGUAUCACCGUCUUUCCUACAGAAAGAAAGAUCAAAUGUACCCACGAGAUGUAAUUGUAGCAUUUGAUUCAUAUGAUCUUAGGUCUCAAAUUCUUCAGACAGCAAGGAAAACGAAGAUAAAGGAUGAGGAAUUUACAGCUAUAAAGGUGUUAACAGAUGUUUCCUUUGUAACGAGGCAAAGAAGAAAUGCAUUUUCGACGGUUUUUCCGUGCCUGAAGAAAUUUAAUCUGAAGUUCAAAUGGACUGCACAAUCAGCUUUAUUAAUUUGUUAUAACGACAUAUGGAAGUCCUUUAAGUCAGCAGAUUUGGUUCAUGUUUGGUUAAAAAAUAUUGAUAAGUAG